CAGAGCUUGUUCCUCCUCAGAAGUGGGAUACCUCGAGCUGACACUGUGCACCGUUGUGGCCACGUCUGCCUGGCCUGCCUCCUUAACUAACUGCCGUCUGCUGACCCCUCUUCUCCAGAGCAAAGCCUCUUAGGCUACUGAGGACUCUGGUCUUUUUCGGGGGCAGAGAACAGAAACCUGCCUGCUCUGUUUGCCUCCUGACCUUGAAGUUGCCCCCAUCCUCUGAAACCUUUCUUACCAACAUUUAUUUUAUUUUUUUAAAAGAUUUUUGUCUAUUUGACAGAGAGAGAUCACAAGCAGGCAGAGAGGCAAGGAGGGGAAGCAGGCUCCCCGCUGAGCAGAGAGCCCGAUGCAGGGCUUGAUCCCAGGACUCUGGGAUCAUGACCUGAGCCAAAGGCAGAGGCUUUAACCCACUGAGCCACCCAGGCUCCCCUCUUACUAACAUUUAAUACUCAGCCCCUGAGUUGGGGAGGAAGGCUGCGGUGUGGCUCACAGUAGGCCAGGAGCAUCCCUGGAAUGGAGGGUGUCGGAAACUUAGCCAUCUGGAACAGUGUUUCUCAGGGGUGGGCCUGGGCCCACUGCCCCAGGUGUGCCGGGGUAAGUAUAAAUAUAAAAAGUGAGCUCCAGAAACUUACUCAGACUUUCUGGAUUUGAAUCUCAGAUGGCUGGAGCUUGGGGAUCUGCAUUUUAACAUUUCCCCACUAUUCCUGGGGGCUGGGGUGAAAGCCCCUGCUCUAGGCCCUUGGAGGGUGGGCUCAGAGCCAGGGUGGGGGUCGCAGUAAUGGAGGUAGAGAGUGGCAGAGCCAUGAUGGGAGCAGAGAGGCCCAGAUGCGGGACAGACAGGUGUCGAUGUUGACAGUUCUGUGUGACACUCUGUUUGAUUCUUAUUUAGGGCCUGUGUGCAGGCAUAUCAAGGCUUGGGAUACCAAGGAUACACCGUGGGUUGGGGUUAUGGCUAGGCUCUGAAUUAGCAUUCGGGUUUGCUUACAUGAGUUUGAUCAAAAUGUGUGGUCUGCGUAUGUCAGCCUGUACUCCACAUCCGUGUGUCAGCUGUCCGUGGGUCAGCCUGUCUCCUGUGUGUUCACGCCUUUGUCUCCGUGUCUUGAGUCAUUUGUCCACCCUGGUGUGUAUGAUGUGUGUGUGCGUGCACGCGUGUCCCCGAGAAUGCCUGGGUCCGUCUGGAUCGUAAGCCAACCUUCCUGGGGGCUCUGGAAGGUGAGGGUUUGGAGGAAACUUGCUAGGAGCCUGGUGGGGAUAGAGCAGAUGAUGCUGGGGUGGGGCUGGGGUGGGGGUGGGCAGGAGUGUGUGCUAAGGGCCUGGCCCCGCCAUUUCCCUGGGCGGGCGAGUCUCAACAGCAGGCAGACAGGUGAGGCUGACCUGACAAGUUCUAGAGGCCAGGGGCGAUGGGGCGGAGCGUGGCUCUGUCUUAGAGUAGCAACAGGUUGGGGGCCUUGGCACAUAGAGGGCGGGCGGGCAGGCAGUGCUUCUGUUAGUGUGUUUCUCCCGCUGCAGCCAGCCCCGGGGUGCAGGCCAUGGAACCUGCUGGAGGGUGAGGGCAGCCGGUGGGCAGGCAUGUUCGGAAGCCUUGGGCCGGGGGACUUGGGAGCCCAGGGCAUGGCAGGAGCCCUGCGGGGCCGGGUGGAGGAGCUGAAGCGGCCGUGGUGGCGGGAGGCCUCACCGCUGGUGCUCCAGCACAGUGAGGCGGCCCGGCUGGCAGCCGAUGCCCUUCUGGAGCGGGGCGAAGCUGCCUACCUGCGAGUCAUCUCCGAGGAGCGGGAGCUGCCCUUCCUGAGCCCUCUGGAUAUGGACUACAUGACCAGCCAUGUGCAUGGGGGCCCUGAGCUCAGCGAGGCCCAGGGACCAGAAGCUUCAGGGCCUGACCGCCUCAGCCUGCUCUCUGAAGUCACCUCGGGCACUUACUUCCCCAUGGCCUCCGACGUUGACCCCCCAGACCUGGACUUGGGCUGGCCUGAGGUUCCACAGGCCACAGGCUUCAGCCCCACCCAGGCUGUGGUCCACUUCCAGCGGGACAAGGCCAAGAACAUCAAGGACCUUCUGCGUUUUCUCUUCAGCCAGGCCCGCACGGUGGUGGCCGUGGUGAUGGACGUGUUCACUGACAUGGAGCUUCUGUGUGACCUAAUGGAGGCCUCGAGCCGGCGUGGUGUCCCCGUCUACCUGCUUCUGGCCCAGGAGCACCUCAGGCAUUUCCUGGAGAUGUGCUACAAGAUGGACCUCAAUGGGGGGCACCUGCCGAAUAUGCGUGUGCGCAGCACGUGUGGGGAUACUUACUGCAGCAAGGCAGGCCGUCGCUUCACGGGGCAGGCCCUCGAGAAGUUCGUCGUCAUCGACUGUGAGCAGGUGGUGGCGGGCAGCUACAGCUUCACCUGGCUUUGCAGCCAGGCCCACACUAGCAUGGUGCUACAGCUGAGAGGCCGCAUCGUGGAAGACUUUGACCGAGAGUUCCGCUGUCUGUAUGCCGAGUCUCGGCCUGUGGAGGGCUUCUGUGGUGGCGAGGAUCCCGUGUCUCCUAGGGCACUGUGUCCUCCCCCAGUGGCUCUGGGCUUCGGGCCUGCCGUGCCAAGCCCCACUUCCUCCUCACCCUCCAGCACCAGCCUCAGCAGCAUCAAACGCUCACCUCUGAUGGGCCACUCCUCUUACCUCGCUCCACCGGGAGGUGCUGGCUGCAGUGACAUGGGUGUGGUGUCCUCAUCCCUAGGCCCUGCCCGCCGCGAGGCCAGUGGCCAGCCCUCUCUGCAACGCCAGCUGUCAGACUCAAACCAUGGCUCCCUGCUAGGGCUCUACAGGACCAAUCUAGGCAAGCUGGGGUCGUCCCCAUGGUCCCAGUCCUCUCCUGCCCUCAACCACAACGGUGCUAGUCCCUUGACCCUAGGAGUGGGGUCACCUCUGCUUGCUCGCCAACGCCCCCUCCUCCCCUUCCCCCAGGGGGCUGUAGCCCUGUCCCGGCUCCCAGAGAAUAGGCUUCUGGGAAGCCAGGAGCGUAGCCCCCAAAGAGGUCGCUGGGUACCUGGUACAGCCCUGGAGACAGUGGAGGAGAAGAAGGUGUCUCUGAGUCAGAGCCAUAGCCAGUUGGAUCUCCUUGUCCCCUUCCCCAGAGCCAGAGAAGCUGGAGGCCCUGAUUCUGGGGUUAACCCCAACUCAAGCUCCCCCUGGCUUGGAGACCAGGCCCCAGAGGACAGGAAGUUGUCCUCAAACCAGAGAUACAACCAGCUGGAUCUCCUGCCCCAGACCCAGGGUGCUGGGGGUACCCCUGAGUCAGGUUCCCCUAGACCUGGCAACCGAACCCCGGAGGACAAGAGGCUGUCCUUGAACCACAGCCAUAGCCAACUGGACCUCCUGGCACAGUACCCCAAGGGUGGGGGCUCCAGAGUGCCCCCUGAAGCCAGCUCCUCAGCGAGGGCUGGCAAGCAGGGUCAAGAUGAGCGACGACGGACACUGGGCCACAGCCAGCUGGACCUCAUCACAAAGUUUGGCCCAUUCCGGGGCGAGGGACCUGGGCCCAAUGGUCUCCCCAGACCAAGCCCUGCUCGAAAGGCUGGAGUGGGCUCUGGGGAUGAGAAGCGGCUGACCCUGGGCCACAGCAAGCUGGACCUCAUCACCAAGUAUCAUCAGUUGCAGGGUGCCAGGCAAGGAUCUGAGCCUGGCCUCCCUGGGGGCCCCACAGGUGGACAUCACAAUGGCAGUAACAAUGGCCUAUUUGUGGAUGAGAAGCGGCUGACCCUGGGCCACAGCAAGCUGGACCUCAUCACUAAGUACAACAAGUCCAAGUUCAAGCUCCUUCGAAGCCGCUUUGAAUCCUAGUCCUGCUCCCAGCAGGGACGUGUCCCUACUCCAUCUACUUAGACUCUAGAUUUAUCGAAGUUCCAGACUCCGGGGUGCUUCAGCAGGGGCUGCAUGGGGAGCAGAGGGUGUCUAGAAGCCCAGGUUAAAUACUCACUGGGCUCAGGAUUGUUUAUACACACACACACACACACACACACACACACACACACACAGAAAUGGAACCCACAGUAUCUGCCCUUUGCCACUGUGCUGGGGACUUCACACUGGUUAAUUCCCAUCCUUCAUGCUCAUAAUAUCCUACAAGAUAGACCUCUAGAAGGUAUACAUGUCUAAAGUCAUAGAUAUUAUCUUUCCUGUCUUAUAAAUGUGGAAGCUGAGGCCCAGAGACUUUGAUGACUUGGUUGGAAUGAGAUCCAAGUCAAUGGCAGAGCCAGGGCCCAAACCCCAUGUCUCUGACUCUUAAGAUGGUGUUUUUGCACACGGCACACUAUUAUCAACAGUUCACAUGUCCCCUGCACACAAAAUAUGCACAUUACAGAGAUGCCCCAAAUGCCAUACAAUACACUGACGGGGUUCACAUCCACAAACUGCAUACCCGUAGACACACAAUAAGUACACAAAGGUUCAUGUGAUAAACCCAAACACCCAGAAUUCUAGUUAUAGGUAUUCAAUAAAUGUUAUACGGCUAAAUGAAUGGCUACACAAAAUAUAUACAUUCAGUUCACCUGUAGAUCUCUCGGGAACCACAGAUGAUACAUGUGCACAUAACCACACACACACACACACACACACACACACACAGGCUUGCACACACCAACCAGUAUCUUCUUUGACCUAAGCUGUGUACCUGGCCCUGGACUAGCAUACCAUGGGGCUGACAAGUAAAUCAGACUCAGUCCCUGGGAGACAAGGAUUAAAUGCAUAAAUGCCGGUGGCAGGCAAGACAAAGAUAUAUCUAACUAAAGGCUAAUCAGUGAAGGGAUGGUGGAGAAGGAAGGGCAGAGAGUGGUGGUGAUGGUGGAGUGGUGAGCAGUUUCAAAGGAGGCAGACUUUGAGCCAGGCCUUGAAGGAUGGGGAGGAUUGGACAGAUGGCGAAGAAGAGGAAUUCCUGGUAGAAGGAAGCGGUUGAAGAGAAGCCAGGGAGAGGACUGGAGGAGUGGGUCUGAGAUGAGUUGGGGAGAAUGUAGAGGGCAUGGAUACUCAGACUCCCAACACACACACACACAUGCACACACACAGGCACACAAUAUUUUGCUGAGUGUCCCUAGAAGCACAGGUUCUGACAGGUUGUAUGUCCUUUUCCUGAGUUCACCACCUGUCUGGGACAGUUUACAUGAUACAAAUCAAUAAAGGCAGACAUGCUAU